GCGAGCUCAGUCAGACGGUUGGGAAUCCGGAGAGUGACGUGCGCGCGAGGCCCCGGGAGCCUCCGCCGGCCCCGUCCUUCGCCGCCGCCGCUCCCGGCAGGUUUUUGCCCCCCUCGCUCGCUCCCCUCCCUGGGCCUUGCUGAGUAAUUAAAGAAGAUGCUAGUCUGAAAACCUGAGUGCUGUACUGAUUGCAAACUUCCCUUGGCAGAGAAUAUGAAACAGGUGUCAAAAUGACAUCCAGAUUUGGGAAGACAUACAGCAGGAAAGGGGGCAAUGGAAGUUCAAAAUUUGAUGAAGUUUUUUCCAAUAAACGGACCACUCUUAGUACAAAAUGGGGAGAAACUACCUUUAUGGCCAAGCUAGGACAGAAGAGGCCAAACAUCAAGCCAGACAUUUCUGAAAUUCCUAAAAAACCCAAAGUAGAAGAGGAAGCAAUAGAAGAUCCAUUUGGAUUUGAUAGUGAUGAAGAAUCGCUGCCAGUAUCUUCAAAGAACGUGUCACAAGCUAAAGGUUCCUCUCAAUUGGAGUCUGUUGAAACACCACAGUCUGGAGACUUCUCUUCCGUACUUGAAUCUAAUAGCAAAAGUACUCAGUCAAUCAGUGAAGAUAUUUUGUCCGGCAAAUGUGUGUCUUUUGACAAUGCAGUCCAAGGCUUAAAAGAGAAGAACUCAAACAGAAACAUGGAUGAUGGUGACAUCAAAAGCAACCUUAUAAUUGCAGAUGCAGUACAGAAUUUUAGUGAGGACAAUGAAAACAGUCACUUCAUCUACAAGAAUGCUGAAGACAAUAAUACAAUUAAUACUCAAAUAGCAGAAAUCUCUGGGUACAACAUUGAAAUCAAGGAAUCUCAUGAUUCUUGGGACUCCCAUAUUGGGAAGAGGGACUCUCCAUCAGAAAUGUCACAUAAUAAAGGAUCAUUAGUGACUGGCUUAUAUGAAUGGGAAGAUGAGAAUGAGGAUAGCCGAAGAGGAGAAUAUAUGUUAGGUUUUGAUGAGGAACCACUUUCAGAGAUAAAAAGCAAGGAUGAAGAUCUAGUCAAAGAAGAAAUGGAAAGCCCAAAGGAAGCCAUUAGCGAAGAACUGAUGCAAACUGUUCUCAGGCCAAGUAAUUGUCGGACAUACUGUAGAUCUAACAAAACAAAAUCGCAGGGAAUGACAAAUUUUGAUAAGCUACUGGAUGGCACUCUUCAACCUCUAGCCAAAGCAAACAGUGAUUCAAAUACUGAUGGUCUGAACCCAGUAAGAAAAGUUGCUUUAAGUAGUGGGACCAGUUUUAGAGGGACAGUUGGAAGGACUAGAGACUACACUGUUCUUCAUCCAUCAUGCUUAUCGGUUUGUAAUGUUACUAUACAAGAUACCAUGGAUCGUAUAGAUGAAUUUGCCACAGCUGCACCUACUGAUUUGGGAGAAGCAGGGCGUUUAAGAAAGAAAGCUGACAUUGCAACGACCAAGACUACAACUAGAUUUCGACCUAGCAAUACCAAAUCCAAAAAAGAUGUCAAAUUGGAAUUCUUUGGGUUUGAUGACAACGAUGAAGGAGGGGGUGGUGAAGGUGGAUCUAGAACCUCUGGAAGCUCAAACUAUAAAAUUAAAUAUUUUGGUUUUGAUGACCUAAGUGAAAGUGAGGAUGAUGAUGAAGAGCGACAGUUAGAAAGGAAAGUUAAAAAAAGAAGCAGAACAGCACCAUCCUCUUCCUCACUUCAGUCCAGUUCUGAUGGAAGUGAGAACUAUUCACAGGACAGCCAGUCGAGCACUAAUCCAGAGCUGCUGGAGUUUCCAGAAGAUUCAUCCAGUAUUCCUGAAAGCAAUAAGAAAUUCACAAAUCCACAAGGUGAUAAGUCUAAGGAGAACACACGAAAAAUAUUUAGUGGACCAAAGAGGUCACCAACAAAAGCUGUAUACAAUGCUAGACAUUGGAAUCAGCCAGAAUCUGAGGCUCUUCCAGCAUCACAAGUCUUGAAAAAUCCAAGUGUCCCUGUAAGGCUGUCUUCAAAGGAGGCAGUUAAUAAAGAUGAUGGGGUGUUUAAAGCUCCUGCACCACCUCCCAAAGUGAUAAAAACUGUGACUUUACCCACUCAACCCUAUCAAGAGAUAGUAACUGCCUUGAAAUGUAGGAAAGAAGACAAAGAAUUAUACACUGUUGUUCAACAUGUGAAGCACUUCAAUGAUGUAGUAGAAUUUGGAGAGAAUCAAGAGUUCACAGAUGAUAUUGAAUACUUGUUAAGUGGACUGAAGAGCAAUCAGCCCCUAAACACCCGUUGCCUUAGUGUUAUCAGCCUGGCGACAAAGUGCGCCAUGCCCAGUUUCCGGAUGCAUUUGAGAGCACAUGGAAUGGUAGCUAUGGUCUUCAAAACACUGGAUGACUCGCAGCAUCACCAGAACUUAUCGCUUUGUACAGCAGCUUUAAUGUAUAUCUUGAGCAGAGAUCGCUUGAACAUGGAUCUAGAUAGAGCCAGCUUAGAUCUAAUGAUUCGGCUUCUGGAACUAGAGCAAGAACCUUCAUCCAAAUUGUUCAAUGAAAAGGACAUGAACAAAAUUAAGGAAAAAAUUAGAAGACUCUGUGAAACUGUUCACAAUAAACACCUUGAUCUAGAAAAUAUAACGACCGGUCACUUGGCAAUGGAGACCCUGCUCUCUCUCACGUCAAAACGGGCAGGAGACUGGUUUAAAGAAGAGCUGCGACUUCUUGGUGGACUUGAUCAUAUUGUAGAUAAAGUUAAAGAAUGUGUUGAUCACUUGAGCAGUGAUGAGAAUGAAGAGAAAUUGGUUGCUUCAUUAUGGGGAGCAGAAAGAUGUUUACGGGUUUUAGAAAGCGUAACAGUUCAUAAUCCAGAGAAUCAAAGUUACUUGAUAGCAUAUAAAGAUUCACAGCUCAUAGUCUCUUCAGCUAAGGCAUUGCAGCAUUGUGAGGAGCUGAUUCAGAGAUACAACCGUGCUGAAGACACCAUCUGUCUUCCAGACAGUAAGCUGCUGCCUCACCAGAAUGUAACAAACCAUGUGGGUAAGGCAGUGGAAGACUGUAUGAGAGCCAUCAUUGGCGUCUUACUCAAUUUAACAAAUGAUAAUGAGUGGGGUAGCACUAAAACAGGCGAGCAAGAUGGUCUUAUCAGCACAGCUCUGAAUUGUGUGCUUCAGGUUCCAAAGUUCCUACCUCAAGAACAGAGAUUUGAUAUUCGGGUUCUGGGUUUGGGUCUCCUGAUCAAUCUGGUAGAGUACAGUGCAAGAAAUCGUCAUUGUCUUGUGAAUAUGGAAACAUCUUGUUCCUUUGAUUCCUUCUGUUUGGGAGAAGCUGAUGAUAGCAUAAUCAUAUCUGGACAGAUGGCUGCCGUUCAGGCUUUAGUACAGUUGUUCCUUGAGCGUGAACGAGCAGCACAGUUGGCAGAGAGCCAAACGGAUGAGCUGAUUAAAGAAGCUCCUACUGCACAACAUGACAAGAGUGGGGAGUGGCAGGAGACAAGUGGAGAAAUCCAAUGGGUCUCUACAGAAAAGCCAGAAAAUGCAGAAGAGAAAGAUAAGAAAGAAGAAGAUGAAGAAGAGCUUGAUCUUAAUAAAGCCCUUCAGCAUGCUGGGAAGCACAUGGAAGAUUGCAUUGUGGCAUCAUAUACAGCAUUGCUUCUGGGCUGUCUCUGCCAGGAGAGUCCAAUCAAUGUGACUAGUGUGAGGACAUACUUACCUGAAGGGGACUUCUCAAUCAUGACAGAAAUGCUCAAAAAGUUUCUUAGUUUUAUGAACCUUACUUGUGCUGUUGGAACAACAGGCCAGAAAUCUAUCUCUAGAGUGAUUGAAUACUUGGAACACUGCUAGAUACUCACAUUCUGCAACAAGCAUUCGAAUGCUGGAGCUCUACCCUUUACACAAAGGAAGAAGUCGUGAAAAGUCCUUGAGGAUGCACCAAGAGCAUUCAUCAGUCUCAUUCGUGUUUGGAUUUUUAAGGCUACCUGGUCUCUUAACCACAUACACUCAGCAUUUUCUGAAAGACAGUUACCACAUCAAUCUGCAACUAUCAAAAAUGAGGGGGAAAACAUCUGAGGAAAGUAAAUCAAGAAUUCAUGAUGUUUAUAAUAAUGCAGUGCAGUAUUUAAAUAUAUUUGGCAGGGUUUACUCUCCCUCUUUAUUUUUCUGGCUUUGUUUGUGACAACUUUAAAGGGGAAAAACUUGCUGCUGGUAGUGCAACUGCUGUUUACUGUUGAGCCACUGUUUUUCAUGCCAGCCAGGUGCAAAGGCAGCUUUAGCUACUGAGGUAUCAAAAAUCUUCUAAUAAAGAUGCUCUGGGCAGCAGCAUUGCUCUGAUUUGAGUUUAAUUUGCUCUUGCUUUUUAAAGAGAUUAUUCCAAAAUCAUAAAAAAUAGAAAAUUUUUAAAUACUUUUUUGUGAUUUUGACUACUGUCUAUAUUUAAAAUGUGUUGGAAUCCAAAGAGGUUGAGGCUUGGAUAGUUUAUUUUUUAUACUGUUUUGAUUGAAAAUUGGGUUGUUGGAAACUACUUCUCAGUUUUUAAAAUUGUCGUGGCCUACGUACUGUAAACUGAUUGACCAUAACACUUCAUAGCUCUAAGAGAGGCAUGCAGGAGAGAGAAAAAAUCCCCUCCCAGCUGGUGGCUGUGUCUAUAUUUUUUUAAAAAUGCAGUAACUGUAAAAUGUGCCCUGUUAAAAAGGAUAGUGUGAAACAAUGUUCAAUGCCAGGGUCGUUUAUACUUCGUAAUAAGCAAAAACUUUUAAAUGCUGUUGAUUUUUUUUUUCAAGAAAGAAAUGUGGAGCUAAAACACCAAUGGGGAUUAAUGUUUCGAGUUGACAUAAUCUUUCUAUUUCUUCUUUAGUAUUGCGCAGGUAAAUGCAUACAAUAACAAAGCCUUAAAUAGCUGAAUAUAGCGAAGAUUUUGUUCUGUGUGGGGGUCUAGUUCACAGCAAAGGAUUGUGUUGGGACUUUAGUGGAACAAAACUCCCUGCAAAAUACUUUUUGUUGUUGUUGAGGUUUUGAACAUUAGUGACUUCUCUUGCACUCAUUGUUCUGACAGACAGAAUUGCUCAUGAUUUUUAUUAAGCUGGUCUUGAAUAUUCACAAAACUUCUUGAGACAUUUGCGUCACACUUUUCACAUUACCUGUGUAGGUAGUUGCAUCAUGUUACUUCAAUGAAUUUGUAAAACUUGAAGCCAUAAAAAAAAUAUUAGUUCUGUGUAUAAUGAGGCGUGGGAGAAAUAACAGAAAAUCUAACCUGCUUUUUAGAUCUUGUGUUAUCUCCAUGUAUAAAGUUACAGACUUGUGCUUUUGUAUCAGUGCCAGCUGUACAUUUUUUUACAUACAGUGGCUGCCUUCUAUGUCUUCCUAUUUUUGAUAAUGCAGAUUGUUGGGAAUUCAGUAAGGAAGUGACUGAUUAGAAGCAAAAUCCUAUAUUGGUCCUGCUUUUUUGAUUUUUCCCCCCUCACCACCUUAAACAAAAUACCCUAUAAUGUACCAGUGUAACUUAGAAAAGAUGCUGAGGCUGUGUUUGCCCUUGGAUGGAAGACUUUCCAUGUGAGAGGAAGAGCAACUUAGUAAAGCUGUCCUUGUAAAUUAUUUUUGAGAAGCAGGAUUUACUGAAUAUAUUUUUGGCAUUUAGUUUUAACAAUGUAGAGCAAUGGCUUCCAUUUUUAGUUGGAUUUCAUAUAGGUUUAAGUUAGGCUUUUUUGUGUAUGCGCAAUGGCAAGCAAUGUUUAAAAUAGAUGCAAUGAUGGGGGGAUCAGGAACAAUGCUUCUCUGUUACACUGGUAGUGAUCUGAAUGGGAAUUGAUUCCAACUCUUAUGUUGAAAUAGUUUUUAAUUAACAAGCACUGAAACAUGCAGACUGUUUGGUUUUUUGGGGAGGGUCAGGAGAGAAACCGCCCUGCAAGCUGCAGCGUGUUUUCUUGUUAAACCCUCAUCAAACUCUGCAUUUAAAUGGGUACUUGAGGCCAACCUUCAAAUUUAAAGUUUUAAAGUAACUUUUUUCCACUGUAAAUAUAUAUGUAAAUAAGCGCAAUUGGAAACUAGAACAGUAGAGUACUUUUCUGAAUCCAAUCCUAUUUUUAUUUUAUACAGUAUUUCUCAGCUGUGAUCUUUGGAGCAAAAGCCAACGGCAGGAAUAAUAGUUUGUACCAGUUUCAUGAAGUAUGUCUUUUGGUUUUUGUAAAUAAUUUUAACUCGAAUAAAAAUUGCUACUUUCAAUACAUAA